GUUGUACAUCCUAUGAAAGAAAUGGUUUCAGGUGUGAAUUUACCUGCUCAAUUACAAAUCGCUAUGGGAAUUCCACUUUAUCCACUUUAUCAAAUUCACAUGUUGAUAUCUGAUGAAAAUCUAACGGCCGAAAGGCCUGAUAAAAUGUUGGCUGUGAUAUGCGGUGCAGUGACCAAGGCUUAUACAGCAGCCAUGGAAUCCAUAAUGGAACAUUAA